AUGAAGAUCAAAGCCCUCAAUCGGUCUCUGGCCGACCACCAACCCCCGGGCUCCGACGCCGCCAAACUGCCUCGCAACCUCGAUUCAGCCCUCCACCCAUUCGAGCGAGCACGAGAGUACCAACGCGCUCUCAAUGCCGUCAAACUGGAACGAAUGCACGCCAAGCCCUUCGUCGGCCAGCUUGGACGAGGCCACGUCGAUGGGGUCUACUCCAUCGCCAAGGACCCCAACUCCCUAGAACGAUUUGCCAGUGGCAGCGGUGACGGCGUCGUCAAAGUAUGGGACCUGACCGACCGCGACAACUCCAUCUGGCACACGACCGCACACGAAAACAUCGUCAAGGGCAUGGAAUGGACGCGCGAUCAGAAGCUCCUCACCUGCGCCGCUGACCGCACCAUCAAACUCUUCGACCCGUACCACACGAAAGCAGAAUCAAAACCCAUCUCCUCGUGGCUCGGAGACGGCGCAUUCACCAGUCUAUCGCACCACCGCUCCCGCAACGCCUUUGCCGCCGCAUCAAGCGUCAUAUCCAUCUACGACCUUGAACGACACACAGCGGCGCCAGAAGUCCUCAAGUGGCCGACAUCCGUUGACACCAUCACCAACGUUGCCUUCAACUACGUCGAGACUUCCGUCCUGGCAUCCUGCUCCAACGACCGCUCCCUCGUCAUCUACGACCUCCGCACCUCCACGCCCGUCACCAAAACCGUCCUCAGCUUCGCCAGCAACCACAUCGCCUGGUCUCCCAUGGAGGCCUUCAACUUCGCCACCGCCUCCGAAGACCACAACAUCUACCUCUUCGACAUGCGCAAGAUGGACCGCGCCCUCAACGUCCUCAAGGACCACGUCGCCGCCGUCAUGGACGUGGAAUUCUCCCCCACGGGCGAGGAACUCGUCUCCGCCUCCUGGGACCGCACCGUCCGUCUGUGGAACCGCGACCGCGGCCACUCCCGCGACAUCUACCACACCAAGCGCAUGCAGCGCGUCAUGGCCGCCAAAUGGACCCCCGACGCAAAGUACAUCCUCUCCGGCUCCGACGACGGCAACAUUCGCAUCUGGCGCGCAAACGCCUCCGAGAGCGGGGGCAUCAAAUCCGCCAGACAGCGCCAGGCCCUCGAGUACAACGACGCUCUUACCCAGAGAUUCUCGCACAUGCCCGAGAUUAGACGCAUCUCCAGGCACAGACAUGUUCCCCAGGUGGUCAAGAAGGCAGGCGAGAUUAAGGGCCAGGAAAUCAAGAGCAUCAAGAGGAAGGAAGAGAAUGAGCGGAGACACACCAAGAAGCAGUUCGAGAGGAGGAAGAAUGAGCGUCAAAAGAUGGUCUUGGCGAGGGAAAAGUAA